AAUUCGAAUUAAAUUGGAAUUUGAUUCGUUACGGCGCACUGUAGGAUGUCUGCGGUUUGGCGUGUUCUUGUAACCCAUCCUAAGAAAAUCGUUGUUGGAGCCGUGGGUUUAGUUUAUGGCUAUGAUUUUGCUGCAGAAAAAUAUAGGUAACUGUUUUGUUCUGAUUAUAAUAUCAAAUAGAAACUCUGUUUUACACAGGGAAAUAUGUUCUCAAGUGUCUUCUGAGAAUUAUAAGACAACAAACUGUACACAGUCUCUCCGCCGCUUGACAGUUUUUGUGAACCCAUUUUCCCGUCGCGGAAAGCUUUUAAAAGAGUUUGAAAACAAUGUUGCUCCUAUUUUAAACCUCUCUGGCCUUGAUGUACAGAUGGUGUACAUAGACACUGAUUCUGAGAUUAAAGAUUUCGUCGGUGUUUUAGAUCCUUCUAGUACUGAUGGUAUUUUAGUUGCUGGAGAUGACAAUUUGAUACAAAAAGUAGUUACAGGUUUGCUACGUCGAAGUGACUUCAAAACAUCCUCCUUAUGGAUGCUACCUGUUGGAGCUGUACCGUUAGGGAUUUGGAAUAGAUUUGUUAGCUCUCUAUAUGAAAAGACAGCUUUCCCAAAAUGGUGUUACAACUCUUUACACCCUGUCUUAGAGCAAAAGACAAAGAGACGAAAUCUUCUCGAGGUGAAGGUCAUUUCUGAUGAAAAUCAACAAACUGCUGACCAAUCAAUAGAGUCUUCUGUCACUACAUAUUCUUUAUUAGGCAUUGAAUGGAAUAUAUGGCGAGAUAUAGAAUUAGGUGGAGGUUGUGGUGCUAGCGGUAAAUAUGCAAAACCAAAAAGCACCAAUGAUCAUAGAGGUGUCCUCACCACACUGUCUAUAACAUCACCACGUUCUUGGACGCGUAAUUUCGGUGCUCUAUGGAGAUCUUCAUGGUAUUGGCUGCAGUCAUCAUCAUCGCCAUCAUCUGAGAAUAGUUCUAUACCUCCUCCUGAAUUUUUUUCAAAUUCUCAAAAUUCACUGUCGGAUAAAAAGUCUAGAAAUCGUGUAAAAUUGGCUCGUAUCAUUUAUCAUCCAGUGUGUACAGGUUGUUCAAAGUGUUGGCAGAAAAAGUUAAUGAGUUAUAAAACACCUAAUCUAGAAGAGACAAAGAAGCCAAACUCACUUCUAAGCAAAAUGUUUGGAUUCUCUAUGAAAAGUGGUCAUCAUACAACUAAUGAAGAACUUAAAAGAAAGCAGAUAGAAGUUCAAAAACAAAUGGAAGAUAAAAGUCGUAUUGAUAAUCCAGAUUGUGAAGAAGAACGCCUACUUGAAGUGAAAGAUGCUUCAGGUCUCACAAUAACACCAGAUGGAGAUCAUAUUCGUCUAGAUGUUUUUCAUCGUCCUACUAGCUAUUGGGAACAUGUUCAUCAAUUUCGAUCAUGGCUACUUUCGCAACCAUACACAUUUCAAUCUGACAGUCAAACAGUUCUCUGUGAUAAAGUGUGUUUAUAUCCGAUUGAAUCUGAGAAUGAGUUUUACUGGAUCGAUAAUGAUUAUUUUGAAGCCCGUCCUAUAGAAGUCAGUGUACGUCGCGAUGCCAUCAAUCUUUAUAUGUAAAUUUAACUAUUUUUCUAUUAAAUAAAUCUAGUUUACAUUCA